AUGCUCGCCGUCCUCCUGCCGCUCUCCGCUCUCUCCGCCCUGCCCGCGCUGCUUCCGCUUUCCGCGCUCGCCCUGCCCACUCUGUCGACCGCUCGUGCUCCAAUCGGCGGAGAGACGCCGUUCGUCGGCGCCCGCGCCGGCGUCAUCGCCACGCUCUUCCCGGGCCUCGGCAAGCCUCUGCAGCGGCUGCUCGGCGGCGAGCAGGGCUUCACGGCCAAGCGUCGGGCGGUGCUGCGGUGGCGCAUCGCCGAGCGGCGGGCGGAGGUCGAGCGGUGCUCACGAGAGCUCGAGGCGCUCGCCGCGCGAGAGUACCGCGCUGGCCGCCCAGAGGCUCCGGCGGUGCGGGUCGCGCGGCAGGAGCGCGUCGCGCAGCUGCGCCGCGCCGCGGGGCAGGCGGAGGCGUCGAUCCUUCGGUACAAGGCGCGGCUCGGGGCGGAGGAGCGGCCCGGCUGGCUCGGCGUCGCUGCGCGCGCUGCGGAGACCUUCACCGCCAGCGAGGAGAGGAGCGCGCGCGUGCUCUGGACGCGGCUGCGGCAGGCGGACCCGUGGGACGCGCUUCGCCAGGACGCGGCCUCGCUGCUCCGGCUGGGCAGCAACGUGACGCUCGCGCGCGGCUAUCUGCAGCUCUCCUCCUCCUCCCGGCUCGUGCCUCACGCCGCUGCCAUCGUCGCGCGCGCCGCAAAGCUCGAGCGCAUCCUCGAGCUCGUCGAGCCGCACCUCGACGAGGUGCUGCAGCGGUUCGACCAGAUCGAGCCGCACCUGCCCUUCGUCCUCGACCACGUCGACGUGCUCGCGCCGCACGUGGGAGUGAUCCUCAAGCACUUCGACGCGCUGCUGCUCUACGUCGACCAGCCGAAGGACGACCUCGCCUCCCUCGUCCAGUACCUGCCGAUCUUCGCGCCGCUCUUCGACACGCUCGGGCCGAACAUCGCGCUCGCGCAGCCGCACAUCAAGGCGCUCGCGCCGCACCUCUCGACCAUCGCGCCGCACGCCGCACGCUUCGCGCCUUACUGCGCCGUCUCCGCCAACGCCGACGUGCUGCUCUGGUACUUUGGGUGGGUGUUGCGGCUGCCGCUGCUGCGCCACCUCCUCCUCUCGCUGCCGGCGAUGCCGCGCAUCGCUGCGUUCCUUGCGCGCCGCUUGCCUCGCCGGCCGUGUGUUCGGUCCGCGUAA